CGACCGGGCCGGGCUGGGGUCCCAUGGAUCCGGAGAUCCGGAGGCUGCUGGAAGAGGCUGAGGAUUACCUGGCCCAGGGUUUGCAGGAGGAGCCGCUCAGCGCCAGGGCCCGCGAGCAGCGGGACGCGAUCCUCCGCGCCUUCCAGCGCCUCAAAGCCAGGUACCACCUGGAAUUCCCAUCCCGAGGAGAGGAAGAGUACGAGGGACAGGACGGCUCUGACGAAAAUCCCAGCUGGAAUUUCGGUCCUUCCCACAUUUCCGAGGCCUCGUUCCCACCAGAAUUCCAGCAUGAGGGCCUGGAGGAGUUCCCACGGCCCAUCCAGUAUUCCGGGAAUAUUCUGAAGCAAGGAUACCUGGAGAAGAGAUCCCGAGAGCCCAGUUUUUUCGGCUCCGACUGGCACAAGCGCUGGUGCGUCCUCACCCAACGGAGUUUCCUCUACUAUGCCAACGAGAAAAGCAAGCACCCCAAAGGCUCCUUUCCCAUUGAGCGCUACCAGGCCCACCUGGAUUCCCAGCUCCGGAAAGAUUCCCGGAAAAAAUGCUGCUUCCAAUUGUUCUGCCCUGGAAAACGCUCCUACGAGUUCACAGCUCCGAGCCCAGCCGAGGCCCAGGAUUGGGUGGAACAGAUCCAGUUCCUCCUCAAGGACCUGAGCUCCCUGACCAUUCCCUGCGAUGAUGAGGAGGAGGAGGAGGAGGAGGAGGAGCCCUCCAAGGACCGGGACAGCUCUGAUUCCAUGAACUAUUCCCAAAAUUCCACCCUGAACCUGGAAGAGCAGGAGUUGGAAGGCGACGACAUCUACGAGGUGCUGCCAGAUGAGGAGAUGGAGCCGCCAUUCCCAGAGGACGAGGAGGAUUUCGGGAGCGGGGAGGAAAAUUUCGACGAGGAUUAUUCCAGUUAUUACCAGGGACUGUGGGAUUGCCGCGGGGACAAUCCCGACGAGCUCUCCUUCCAGCGGGGCGACCUCAUCCGCAUCCUCAGCAAGGAGUACCCCGGGUACGGUUGGUGGGUCGGGGAGCUCGGCCAGGAAAUCGGGAUCGUCCCAAAGGAAUUCCUGAUGCCCGCCUUCGAGCUGGAGCAGUGA